AUGGCUGCAGUUACUGGAGCAGCUGUUGUUGCUAAAAUUACCAAUGGUGAAAAUGCUGACAUAAUAGACUGUCCAUGGCAAAUUUCUUUUCAGAGACAGAGGAAGAACGGUUCUUGGGGCCAUAGAUGUGGGGGGUCGAUAAUUAAUGAAAGAUGGAUUGUAUCAGCGGCUCAUUGUUUUAGAAACCCGAAUUAUACAGCAAGCGACUAUAGAAUAGGAGCAGGUAGUUCUUUCCUGAGUAAGAUGACAGUUUUCAGAUCUAUAAAACGGAUAUUUAUGCACGAAUUUUAUGAGAAACCAUUAGAAAUGGACAACGACAUUAUGCUGAUUGAGCUAUGGACACCUCUUUCAUUCGGGUCUACUAUAAACAAAAUCACCUUGGAUUAUAGUAAGAGUAACAUUUUUGUAGGAGAUAUUUGUAAAGUAUCAGGCUGGGGCCAAGUGAAUGUAACAUUAGGUCCAGGAAAGGGUUAUCCCGAUCGUUUGCAACUAUCAUAUAUACCUGCUAUCACCAAUGAAGUUUGUGCUCUAUCGUGGCCAAAAGACGACAUUAGCAGCAGUAAAAUUUGUCUUCAGAAGAACGGAACAGAUGUUUGUUUUGGAGAUAGCGGUGGACCAGUGAUUUGUAAGACCAAUGACGGGAUAAAUAAACUUGUUGGGUUUACAUCGUUUGGUCCUGAUGAAUGCGAUGGAAUUGUACCAGGAGUGUAUACCAAAGUAUCAUUUUUUCUUGACUGGAUUAAGAAUAAGAUGAAUAUGAAUGUCGAAAGAAAAGAUUAUUACAAGAAAGACUGGAAAUACAGGACAAACGCAAAUAACAGGAAAAACAAGAAACAUAGGAAAAACAAGAAUAGGAAGAUAAACAGGAACUACAGGAAACAAAAAUAAGAGUAGAAACAGGAACUACAGGAAAUACAGAAGGAAUAGAAAUAAGAAG